GGGCGGGCGCUGAUUGGCUGGGAGCGGGAGGGGGCGGGGCGGAGCGGCGUGAGGGAAGGAGGAGCGGCGGGAAGAUGGCGGCGCUGGCGCCGGAGCUGUUGGUGCAGCUGGACCCGGGGCGGUUCCGCGCUGACAAUUUACUGGGGGCCGAGGAUUGGGAUGACGCCAUUUACGGCUGCCUUGACCCCGCCCACCUCUUCCCCUCCCUGGAGCCCACGUUCCAUUGUGGCUUUGAUGGGGGGGGAGGGGCCGGAACCCCCGAGCCCCCCUGGAACCCAGAGACCCCCCGGGAGCGUCCCGAUUUGCAGGUGAAAUCGGAGCCGGAUUCGCCGACCUCCUCCCACUGCUCCGACUCCUCCUCCGAGCCCCCGGUUUGGGUGCGCGCGUUGCGGCGGCAGCAGCGGAUGAUCAAGAACCGGGAGUCGGCGAGCGCGUCGCGGCGCCGGCGCAGGGAAUACCUGCAGGGGCUGGAGAGGAAACUGCACCUGGCGCUGGCCGAGAACGAGCGGCUCCGGAGAGACAACGGAGAGCUGAGACACAGACUGCAGGAGCUGCUGGGACAGCCCGCCCCUCCCCCCCCCGUACCUGGCAGCAGCCGGAAGUUGGCCUGUGCAGGGGCGCUGCUGCUGCUGCUGCUGAGCCUGCACCUGACACCCGACAGCCUCCCCCGGGCCGGAGCCCCUCCCCCACCCGGCCGGCGCCGCCUCCUGGGGCUGCAGGAGCUGGGGACCCCUCCCCCACCCCCCCGAGGGGAGGAGCCCCCGGCGCGGGGGGCGUGGCCCAGGGGGGGGGAGGGGUUCAGGAAUUCCUCGCUGGCCUCGAUUUCCCCCUGGGAGCCCCAAAACCCCCGGGGGACCCCCGAGUGCCUCGGCUUCAACCGCAGCGAAUCCCUGCGGUUGGCGGACGAGCUCCGGGGUUGGGUCCGGAGGCACCAAAUCGGGCGGGGGGCGCCCGGGGGAGCCCCCCAGGGACCCCCCCGAGGGCAGUUUCAGGGCGCCUCCCCCUGGAAGGGGCUGCUCCCGGCUGAGCCCCCCCGGGCUGAGAGGGCCCCCCCGGGGCAGCUCCAGCUCUACCGAGGCCCCGACCCCCCCGAACCCCGAAUUUUGGCCGCCAUCGACCGCAGGGACGACACUUUCUACGUGGUCUCCUUCCGAAGGGAUCAUCUCCUGCUCCCGGCCCGGAGCCACAACAAAACCUCGCGACCCAAAAUGUCCCUGGUGAUGCCGGCGGCGGCGCUCAACGACUCCCUCCGCGGUCUCCAGCCCAUGAUGCAGGUGGACUGCGAGGUGAUCGACACGCGCGUCAUCCACGUCCGGCGCCGCCGGGCCCCGCCCCCCGCGCGGGCCCCGCCCCCUCGGCGCCCCUGAGCCACGCCCACCCCAUCAGACCACGCCCCCUUAUGCAAAUAACCCCGAGGCCACACCCACUUAUGCAAAUGACCCCCGAGGCCA